CAGACAGUGAGUAUACCUAUCCUAUCCAUUUAAAUGUUUUUCUUCAGAUAAGUUUUAUGGAAAAUAAGAAAUAUGUUGUCUAGUGUUGUGUCUUUUUUUGAUAACAAGCUCUGUUACAGUGGUCAAAAAUGUCAGAAAAUUCCAGAAAUUUUAAUCAAAUUGUAUGGGUUAAAAGCAGACAGUCUUGAUCUAAGUUACAAUGAAUUAAUUAGCCUCGAAGGACUGGAAGGAUUCCCUUCCUUAACUGAACUGGUUUUGGAUAAUAAUCAAUUAUCAGAUUCAUUAACCUUUCCUUAUAUACCAAAUUUGCAAACACUAUCUUUAAAUAAAAAUAAUAUACGUGAUUUGGAGUCAAUAAUCCUGAAGAUAACGCAGAAAUGUCCUAAUAUUAUAUAUCUUAGCCUGCUUGGAAAUAAAGCAUGUCCAAAUAAACUAUCAGGAGAAGAAAAUGACGAAGAAGACUACCAGAGGUACAGGUAUUACGUUCUCUUUCAUCUUCCUAAAUUGAAAUUUUUGGAUUCAACGAAGGUCUGCAGCAGUGAAAGAACCGAAGCCUUGCGUCGAGGUAAAUUUAUGGGCGUUAUAAGGCCUACACAGUCUAAUUCAAAUGAAAACGCGGUAGAUAGUUCGACUAUGGAUACUUUCACACCUUUACCGAGUCAUAUUAGAAGCGCUGCUGAUCACAGAGGUGCCUACGGAAAAUGCAGAUACCGUUAUAGUGGAAAGCAUUCUGAAGGAAACAGGUUUAUAUUUAACACUGACCUUUAAGUUAAUUUUUUAUGUAACUGUCCCUAAGUUCUAAGUAUAUAAGUUAUACCUACCUCCUUAUUCUCAAUAAAUAAAUACCACUGA